AUGGAAACUUGGCUCCUUAUCCUUGUCUCCAUUUCCAUCUCUCUCUUCUUGAAAUUUAUCUUCAACAAUUUUCUAACAACCAGGAAACUCCCUCCAGGUCCACUAACCUUCCCUAUCAUCGGCAACUUACUAUGGCUCCGCAUGUCAGCCUUCAAGCUAGAGCCCAUCCUCCGGUCCCUACACGCCAAGUUUGGCCCAAUGGUUACCCUCCGCGUUGGCACGCGUCCUGCUAUCUUCGUUGCGGAUCGCACCCUUGCUCAUCAGGCUUUAAUACAUAAUGGAGCAGUUUAUGCGGACCGUCUACCAGCUUCUGCUACUGCCAAAAUUACCACUAGUAAUCAGCAUAAUAUCAGUUCUUCCUCCUACGGUCCAACUUGGAGACUCCUGCGGCGUAACCUCACAGCAGAAAUCCUCCACCCUUCGCGUGCAAAAUCAUACUCUCAUGCACGCAAUUGGGUGCUGCAAAUCCUCCAGAAUCGCUUAGAGACUCAAGCGAAAUCCGGUCAUCCUGUUUGUGUGAUGGAACAUUUUCAAUAUGCUAUGUUUUGUUUAUUAGUCCUGAUGUGUUUUGGUGACAGGCUCGCUGAAAACCAGAUUAAAAAAAUUGAGGAAGUUCAGCGAGAAAUGCUUGUGAAUUUCCGUAAGUUCAAUAUACUCAAUUUCUGGCCUAGAGUGACAAAGAUUGUGUUGCGUAGACAUUGGCAGGAGCUUUUUCGCCUUCGAAAAUGUCAAGAAGAUGUCUUGAUUCCGUUGAUAAGAGAAAGAAAGAAGGCCAGUGAAGAGAGGAUAAGAAAAAGUAAAGAGGACAAGAAAGAGCAGGAAGAUGAAUAUGUUCUUUCCUAUGUUGAUACCUUACUGGCUUUGGAACUUCCGGAAGAAAAAAGAAAGCUUGAGGAAGGGGAAGUGGUUAGUUUGUGCUCAGAGUUUCUUAACGGGGGAACAGAUACUACUUCAACAGCAUUACAAUGGAUCAUGGCCAAUCUUGUCAAGUACCCACAAAUUAAAGAGAAGCUAUUCAUGGAGAUUAAAGGGGUUGUGCGAGAUGGAGCAGAGAAUAUACAAGAAGAGGAAUUGCAGAAGAUGCCAUAUCUAAAAGCAAUCAUACUGGAAGGGCUAAGGAGGCACCCACCCGCCCAUUAUGUGUUGCCACAUGCGGUGACUGAAGAUGUAGUGUUGGGUAAAUAUGUGGUACCGAAAGAUGGAACUAUAAAUUUCAUGGUAGCUGAAAUGGGAUGGGAUCCAAAGGUGUGGGAGGACCCUAUGGCAUUCAAGCCUGAAAGGUUUCUAAAUAGUGGAGGGGAAACAUUUGAUAUAACAGGAAGUAGAGAGAUCAAGAUGAUGCCAUUUGGGGUUGGGAGGAGAAUUUGUCCUGGUUAUGGUUUAGCACUGCUUCAUUUGGAGUACUUUGUAGCUAAUUUGAUUUGGAAAUUUGAGUGGAAGGCUGUGGAUGGAGAUGAUGUUGAUUUGGCCGAGAAGGAAGAAUUCACAGUAGUGAUGAAGAAUCCAUUACAAGCCCAAAUAUCCCCAAGGUUGAGAUAA